UGCCUUUUCUCUCUCCUCUGUCAGAAAAGAACUCUCUCUCUCUCUCUCUCUUCACAUGCUCGCUCUCUCUCUCUCUCUCUUUCUCUCUCUAACGCAUUCUCGACCCACGAUCGCUUCUGCGUAGCGCGAGCGCUCGCCGUCCUCGGGCCGCGCGGGACCCGCCAUUUCCGGAGAGCCCGGCCCGAAUGUACCAGGCGCUCCACUCGCUGCCGCUCGACGGCGGUGGCGUCGGCGUCGGCGUCGGCGUCGGACCGAGCGGGGACUUCCGCGGCGACUUCGACGGCGCCGGCCACGGCCUGGCCGGGGACGCCUGCCUCGUCCUCACCGCCGACCCCAAGCCCCGCCUCCGCUGGACCGCCGAGCUCCACGACCGCUUCGUCGACGCCGUCACCCAGCUGGGCGGUCCCGACAAAGCAACCCCAAAGACUAUCAUGAGAACCAUGGGUGUAAAAGGCCUUACUUUGUAUCACUUGAAGUCUCAUCUUCAGAAAUUCCGUUUAGGUAAACAGUCAGGCAAAGAUUCAAGUGGCAACUCCAAGGAUGCCCCAUGUGAUACGGAUAGUCUGAACACAGGCUCAUCUGCUACAUCUUCAUCAGGAAUCCUCACUCAGGAACUUAAUGACAGUUACCGAGUCACUGAGGCUUUGCGUGUCCAAAUGGAAGUCCAACGAAGGCUUCAUGAGCAACUAGAGGUGCAGCGCCAUCUCCAACUGCGGAUUGAAGCCCAAGGGAAGUAUCUACAAUCAAUACUUGAGAAAGCUUGUAAAGUUCUCAAUGACCAAGUCGCGGUCCCUGCUGGGCUUGAAGAAGCCAGAGAUGAGCUCUCUGAAUUAGCUAUAAAGGUCUCUAAUGACUAUCCUGGAGUAAGGGCUGUUGAUACUCUGAAGAUGCCUUGUUUCUCAGAACUAGCAGCUGCUUUAGAUAGCACCUCACUGUCUGGCUUGCCAUCUUGGCUCGGUGACGGCUCGGCGGAAAGCUGCUUGACAUCAUUGGACAGCUCAAUUUCACCGAAUACUAUAGGGUCGCAUGUUAUUUCCAUGAAGAAGAGAUUAAGGCCGGUGUUUGGUAAUCGGGAACUAUUGCCAAUGGAAAGCAGCACACAAAAGCAAGUAGACUGGAUGAUGAAUAAUAUGUGAUGAAGUGUGAGCAUGUGCCUCCAGCGAACAUGACACCAUCAUCAUUAUUUGUCCUUGACGUCAUCGUUUCCUGUUUGGUUGAUUCAACUGGCAGUGUCAAUUAUAGAAACUGUAGUCUGUAUAUCUUAAAAGUAGAUAUUUGGAAUCGGCACAAAUUAAUGGUAUAAUCGAAGUUUUUAGCACAAUUCUUGUGUUGAUGGAAAGCUUGGACUGCCUAUGUGGAGAUUAAUCACUAAUGGGAUAUAUCACUAACACAAUGCUUCCACCA